AUGAGCGAUACACGCAACUACAAAGACAAAUAUUACAGACUCAAAGAUAAAUAUGAAAUAAUCAGUAAGCAACGAGACGACCUUAAGCACUCUCUGGAUUCAGUAAAGCAUAAAGUGCGUCGGCUGAAAGAGGAAAACAAUCAACUGUUGGAUAUAAUGAUGGAUAUGAAUCCUCAGCUUGCUGAUGAUUUGUCAAAUAGCAGUACUGAUGAAGAGAUGCUAUCCGGCAUGUCAACAGAUGAUGAAUCUAUGCGGACGGUAUUGACCAAGUAUGGAUCACAGUCGAAAACUAUAAGUCGAUCAAAUGUAAAGGCAGGUGCACUAACGACAAAAAGACGACGCACUUCAUCACAAGCCAACAUGAAACACCCAGGCAAACGAAAGGUAGAGGAUGAGUCAAUCCCAGAUGAGCCGCAGCAAAAAAGACGUCGCUCGAGGGCCCCUGGAGUGACUCUAGAAGGUCUGAGUGCUCUUAUAGUGUUUGUCAUCGACUUGGUCGACUAUGAAAAAAAGAAGAGAGAUGAUCGCACAGAUGCAAAAAGAGUCGAGCCAUUGCCGAUGAACCCGGACGGUACUCUUAGGUUACCUGUCACCAUUGGAAAGGGUACUAAUGAAGUAACAAUCUACAAAAUUGGUAGCAUUGUAUGGGACAGAGAAGCAUAUCAUACAAAUCGUUAUAUCUUCCCCGUUGGUUUCAUGAGUAAGAAACAGUAUCUAAGCGCAGUGGAUGUAACAAAGAGGACUACCUACACAAGCGAAAUUAUUGAUGGCGGUGAUACUCCGAUUUUUCAAGUUACUGCCGCGGAUCAACCCGGACGAAAAUUCUCCGCUAGUUCGUCGAGUGGCGUCUGGAAGAAAAUACUCGACGAGAUUAACUGUCAGGGUGUUCCAUCCAAGACACACGCGAGUGGACCUGAGAUGCUCGGAUUGAGUCAUUUGGGGAUUACUAAAUAUAUUCAGGAGCUACCUGGCGCAGAGAAAUGCACGAAAUACGUUAUGCAAAGAUGGCUCGAUGACGAUCAGCCCGGAAAACACGCAGACUUGUCAAUCAAGGCUGAAAGCACCGAUGGCGACAAAGGCAGCGUUACAAACGGUCAUGACCACGACUAA